AUGGACUCGGAAGGCUCUAUUUCUACGAAGAUGGUCAAUUUCGAGCCGGAGGACACGAAAGUUGAUACAUUGCAGGACUCUCAAGAGCCCAAAGCUGAGCAGCAACAGGUCGCCGAUGAAGAUGACUCUUGGGUCGCAUUUCAGGACUGCACAAUCGCUUUUGCGAUCGACACUUCUGGCAGCACGCUGGGUAAUACACUGAACAUUGAACGUGAAGCUAUUUCUAGCAUCUGGAGUCUUCUGACUCCCCUUGCCCGAAGCCGCAGCAGAGUCAUCCCAUGGAACUCGACGACCGAGCCUGUCAUUUCCAUAACAAUGCUGCCAAAUCUGCGGUCGUAUGGUGGCACAUAUCCAACUUCCCUGGUGCAAAAGAGCGAGAGCCGCAACACUAUUAAAAGCUCAACGCUGUGGGUGCUCCUUACUGAUGGCAUUAUUGAUGCCAGUGAGUAUCAGCAAUUUGCGAAGGACUUGGCGCUACACGGCCUCCAUGGCAUCGCCUGCAUUAUCAUGGUGUUGGGGAAUACGCGCCGAUCACCGUGGGACUGCGAUAUUUCUGUGGGUGUCUCUGUCUUCGCCGCCGUGCCGGAUCGCUUGUUUCUGUAUGUUGAUGACACUUCUGAGAUUGCAUACCUGAUGCAAUGCUCAGGACGAUUUACAAAGAUCCUCGAAGUGCAAGGUAAGAAACAACCUGUAUUAGACACGAGAACGCUCUGGUUCGACCUUCCCCAAAUUGACCUCAAAGAUCUUGUCUAUGUGUCGAUCCCGGUUCCCCGAAAACUGGGGAAAAUUGAGCUGGCUCUUCAAGGUGGACUGGUGAUCAAUCUGGAAGACCUCUGGUCCGGACAGGACCUUGGCGAAGAGACGACUGAUCGCAUUUUUCAGCAUGGCGACAAUCUGAGAUCAAUCAUGCUUACAAGCCAAACUCGAGGCCAUGUGGAGAGUUUUCAGAACUGGCUCAAGCCCUUUCUCGAGCCUGGAAACCUGCAAUUUUCUGCGAAACUUGAGGACGGGGGAGAAGCGAUAAGGACAAUCAAGGCAAUGCUGGAAGAAAUGCAGACUGUCGUAAUCCCUGAACAGCUUAGGGUAGAGCUCCAAGUGAGACUCCGUACUGCCCAUGAGCAGAACAAAGUCAACCUUCUCAAGCAAUAUGAAGGAAAACGCAAGAAAAGCAGCCACCGUCGGAAAAGUGGUAACUCAGCCAAUGAGCGGUCCCACGAGCCUGUACAUCAGGGCCGGUUUCUCAGCAGCAGAACUAUUGGUGGCCUGACACCAGACUCAGACGAGGAUUCGGACACAUGGAAAACCGACAAACUUGUCAGAAAAGACCGCAUCACACCUUCAUCGUCAACUGCAGGUGUCCAGGAAGUCCGUUCGUCAAACGUGGUACCACUGUUUACGAACGAUUUCUUCAAGGGCACUGAGCCCGGACGCUCAUUCGACGGAAGAUGCAACUUGUGUGCAAGUCUAGAUUCGACUUUGGUGCUUUUCUUGCGUGACCAGCCAUCAAAACUCAGCACACCUGGGUUCCCAGCUGUGAGCAGCGUUUCAAAACUGGCUUAUCCCCUAGCAAUGGGCACCUUUCCCGAGACCGACAUCUUGUCCAACUACGCGUGUUGUGACUCGUGCUCAUUUCUGCUAGCGCAAUCUGGUCACACUCCGACCGGAGAUGCCAUCUUGUGUGUCUUACCUUUAGUGUCGUAUAAAAUCAACAGCCCAGCUUAUCUUAAGCAGUUGAGGUUAGCAUUCAAGAUGAGGUUUGGAGACUUUGAUACACUCAUGGUGUUCCUUGCCGUCUUGCUUACAGCAAAGGAGAGGGUAGCGCCUGUCGCAGAGAAGGAGAUAUGGCAUCGAGGUAAUCUUCUAACGCUGGAUGCAAAUUCCACCUCGAUGAGCAUCGAAAAUGUAUUUUUGAACAGUGUUCGAAGCGUUUACCAGGGGAAUGCAUGGGAGGCGUUCUUCCGAUACCCACUUGAAGGGUUCGUGACGCUGAUGUUGGCACUGGAUUGUAUGCAGAGCCAACCAGAUCUACCCCACGGCACCGAAAACGUCGUUUGGCAACGCUUUUUGUUUGCGCUCACUGAGCAAUAUCACGAGUAUCGAGGAGUAAACGGCCCAGUGCUGACGCAUGUGGCCAUGACGCAGCUCAUCAUGGAAGUCGAUCCAAGAGACGUGAAACAGCCAAGACCUCGAGUCGGUUCCAGUAUGAGAUCUUUCCGAGACCUCGCCCGCAACAUGCUGGGCGAUCGACGACCAGAUUCUCGCCUCUUCCUUGACCUUGAUACUCUGAAAUUGAGUCCGCUACUGAAAGCGUCUGACAUCAAAAUCUGGAAGAGAUUGAAGGAUAAGUUUGAAUGGAUUGAUACAGCUGCCGGAUAUGCUGUUGGAGCUUUUGUGCAUCACCUAGCUCGGGGUGGCACCACGCAGACGUCGGCCCAAGCUUAUUUUGCACAACUAAUGAGUCAGAAGGCUUUGCAAAUCGUCUUUUUGAAACCAUCAAAGAUUGAUGCAGAAGCCGCGGAAGGUCUGGUGGGAGAUCUACCGUUGAUGGACAAAGAGGGCAGCACACAAAACGAAUAG